CUCUGGUGACAUCACCGAAUGACGGAGGCCACAGUGUGUGAGCAGCAUGGUGAAUUUUCCUGCCUGUUAGCGUUACCUGCUGGCGCUGUUGGCGCUUUCUUACCACUGCCUUUUCUCCCCGUCGUCGACAUUGGGCUGUUAUCGCACAUUUGCUGGUACGUUGAAUGGUCCCUCCAGCGAUGUCGUGGGUCAAGUCUUUGGCCGCUGGAAUCGAAGAUGUGUUCGACGAGGAUGCAGAUGACACUAGCCUGCAGAACAAGGAAUGGAAACAAAACAUGGAGCGACGCGUAAAGGAUGGGUAUCGAGAUGGAGUUGACGCAGGGAAAGAGGCAACCCUUCAGUCUGGCUUCAACGCAGGCUUCAGAGAGGGAGCAAUUCGCAUGAAGGCCAUUGGCCAACUCAAAGGCAUUGUCAGUGCCCUACAGUGCUGGUGCCAGCGGCUACCCGUUGAGCCCCCGCCCACGGCCACUGCCUGCGUGUCCGGCCUGAUGCGGGACGUAGUGCGGCACGAGGAGGCCGUCCUGGAGGCCAUGAAGAGGGCACAGGAGAUGGCCCCCGUCCCCACUGUUGGGGACAUUGCGGAGGGCAUGGAGGAUCUAGAGGUGAUGGCGGUGGAUCAGGGAGAACCAGCACAGACAGAGGCCCAGUUACGAUCCCCAUCACAGGCAGGGCUGGCACAGGCACAAGCGCCGCAGGGCUGUGGCAAACCAGACUGCUGCAGCAGCACAGACUCAAACACAGACACAGGCAUGUGCUGCAGUCAGGGAGCACUGGUGGGCUUCUCCUCCCCUUCCGUUGCCAUGGUGAGCUUCGGGGAGCUGCUCAGCAGGUGUGUGGAGCUGGUGACGACGCUCGGACUUCCUCAGGAGUUUGCGUGUCAUGUCCAGCAGCUACAGACCCACGACCUUUGACCCUAGUGAUGAUCUAUGAUUGGUGCCUCGGACAGACCCAUUCCCUCUGACCCUAAUGACAAUGUAUGGCUGACCAGUGCCUGACCCUAGUGAUAUGUUAUUGGUGCCUUGUUCAGACCCAUUUCCUCCGACUCUAAUGACGAUGUAUAACUGACCAGUUCCCAUGCUCUACGACCCUAGUGACCAUACCUGUACAAGGCUGAUGGUAUUCAGGCUCAGUGCUUGAUUUCAGACUUAACAGAGUGAGUUGGUAAAAAUAAAAAUAGCUUUUUUGCUAUUUCAAAAAAGUUCAGGCUCAGGGUUUUCUUUUACUAUAAGUUAUGCAAGUAAUGACUUGUUUCUAGUUUGUUUACAUACUCUGCUGCUUGACCUGCUCCUGUGUAUUAAGCAGAUUUUAUAUUUCCAAUUAUAAUGGUUUAAAAGCAAUCAGUAGAUGGGGUAGUGUAGUGAUAAUGUACUUUAUUGCCAUGUGGUUUGUAUCAUUUCUUUUUGUAUACACUUUGAACAUAUUCAUGUUUUCCAACACAUGGAUAUAAAUGUAUCAACCAUGAUAUGAAAAAGCAAUAGGGCAAAAUGUUCUUUGUAAGAUGACUCGGAGCUGGUGUGUGAAUAUGACCGCUUGUACUACAACAUUGAAAGUUGAAAAUGAAAACAAGUACAUACCACCUGUGGUGUGUUAAGAUUUUAUCAAAGGCAUACCAGGUUAAUAAAGCAAAGGUCAGGA